UUUUUAUCACCUGAAUAAAAUCGUUUAAUAAUUAGGUAUGGCAAGAAGAGCAGAGGAGUACCUCUCACCGGAGAUCGUGAACCGGGGCAUCGAGGGCUCCGGCCCCUACGCUGGCUCCCCGAGCUUCUCCGUGAGGGUCCACCGCGGCCUGCCCGACUUCCUCAGCUCCGUCAACCUCAAAUACGUGAAGCUCGGCUACGGAUAUCUCAUCAACCACGGCUUCUACUUCGCCUGGCUGCCCAUUCUGCUGCUCGUGUUUGGCACACAAGUUGGCAUUGGCAAGCUUGUUUUCCGCUUCCAAUACUACAACCUACUUAACACACUCGUCUUCCUCGGAUUCUUGUCCCUUUUCCUCUAUGUCUGUCUUGAUUUAACUCCUCGUUCCACUUAUCUCAUUGAUUUCUCCUGCUAUCUCCCGCCAGACCAACUCAAGAUCACAAGAGAGGAAUACAUAGAACUAGCCAAGAAAUCGGGGCAGUUCAACGAGAAAGCCAUCGAGUUCCAGCAGCGGGUCCUCAAGAGCUCCGGCAUAGGCGACGAGACCUACCUGCCGCGGGUGGUGUUCCGCCCCGGCUACACCAAGGACCUCACCGUGGGGAGGGAGGAGGCCGCGGCGUCCAUGUUUGGCGCCGUGGACGACCUCAUAGCCGCCACCGGGAUCCGCCCCAAAGACAUAAGGAUCCUCAUAGUCAACUGUGGGGUGCUCAACACCACCCCCUCCCUCUCGGCCAUGGUCAUCAACCGCUACAAGCUCAGGCACACCAUCCAGAGCUACAACCUCGGCGGCAUGGGCUGCGCCGCCGGCAUAACCGCGGUGGACCUUGCUGAUGACCUCUUGAAAGCAUACCCGGGCUCCUACGCCUUGAUAGUCAGCACGGAAGUGAUCAGCUUCACCUGGUAUGGCGGGAACGAGCUCGACAUGCUGCUCCCCAACUGCUUCUUCCGGAUGGGCGCCGCCGCCGUGCUGCUCUCCAACAGCCGCCUCGAGAGGUGGCGCUCAAAGUAUCAACUCAAGCAGUUGGUUCGAACCCACAAAGGAAUGGACGAGCGAAGCUACAGAAGCAUACAACUGAAGGAAGACUGUGAAGGGAAACAAGGGCUGUCAGUGAGCAAAGACGUGGUGGAAGUAGGCGGACAUGCCCUCAAGGCCAACAUCACGACGCUAGGGCCUCUGGUGUUGCCCGUAUCGGAGCAGUUCCACUUCUUCAAAUCGCUGGUGAGCAGCUCCUCGAAGCCCUACAUCCCCGACUACAAGCUAGCGUUCGAGCACGUGUGCAUACUCGCGACGAGCAGGAAGGCGCUAGACGAGAUACAAAAGAACUUGGACCUGACGGACCAGUACAUGGAGGCAUCGAGGAAGACGCUGGAGCGGUUCGGCAACACCUCCAGCAGCAGCAUCUGGUACGAGCUUGCUUAUUUGGAGGCUGUGGGCAAGGUCAAGAGAGGGGACAGGGUGUGGCAGCUGGCUCUCGGCUCCGGAUUCAAGUGUAAUAGUGCUGUGUGGAAAGCUCUCAGGACUGUUAAGCAGCACAAGAGGAAGCCGUGGAACCACAAUUAAAUAAUCAUCGUCUCAUAUUUAUCAGCCAACUUAGAUAACUAUCAAUAAAUUAACCUAAUUGAUUUCGUGGAUUAGUGUACGUUCUGAGUUUGUUGCGCGUGCUCUAGUUUCUCAUUGUAAAAACUGUUUUAUUGGUGUUGAUUUUCAGUGUAAGAAAAUAUCUUAACAAGAGAAGUUCAUAAUGGGUACUGUUGGACUGCGGUUCGGAUCCUCUGUA